AUGCAAGAGGAAAUCUUAGAAAACCAUGAGAGGGCAAAUUUUGGAUUACAACAGUUAGCAUCAACGGUUCCUGAGAAUUCCCCAUUCACUAAAAGACAUGGUCGACUCCUCAGUUUGGUCACCUCAAGCCCUGAUGAAGAUAUGGUGAAAGUUCUCUUCCAGUUCUUUGACCCUUUACAUCAUUCCUUUACAUUUCCCGACUACCAGUUGGUGCCUAUCAUUGAAGAGUUUUCUCAGUUAUUGGGUGUGCCUAUCCUUAAUCAAUCACCCUUCAAUGGUAUGGAAAGAGACCCAAAGCCUAAAGAAAUUUCUCAAGCCCUGUAUUUACAACGGCCCGACGUUGUAGCAAACUGGGAAACAAGAAGCGGUAUCAAAGAGUUUCUAGCCAAGUUCUUGUUGGAAAAAGCUCACUAUUUUUGGGAUACUUUGGACUUACAAGCCUUUGAGGAGGUAUUGGCCUUUCUCAUCUAUGGGAUGGUACUGUUUCCUAAUACGGACCAGCUCAUAGAUGUGAAAGCGGUCAAAAUCUUCUUGUCUCAUAAUUCGGUGCCUACUUUGCUUGGAGACAUUCUGCACUCUUUUCACACUCACACUUUUGGGUAUGCUAGGAGGGACGGUCCUCAUGAUGUAUUGGUUCAAGGAAUUAUGUUCAACUACGAGGGUGAUGUUCAAGGAUACCGUCAGAGGUUCAUCCGAGCUUGGGGCAUGGUAAACAAAGUGGAUAGUAAGAUAUUGGGGCAUAAGAACUCCAUCCCUUUGGAUCCUUAUCUUAAGUGGGUGCGAGCUCGCGCCUAA